UCGUUAAGAACGGCUGCGAUCAUUAUUGUGCGCCGAUCCAUGGGUUUCUUGGUCUUAUCGGGGAGGAUCUGGCUGGCAGCCUUCGAUGCUUCACUGUGCAGCUUGUGGGCCGUCUGUAAAGAACUAGUGCUGGUUAGUUACACCGCUUCGCAUCCGGCCAACAACCCAACGGUAUUGGUCACGUUGAUCGACAAUGCCGCCGCGUGGCUCAAGGUGACAUUCCGUGGUCACAGUGAGCAGUCUCCAUCCGUCUGCAUUCCACAUUUGCACUUCCGUUCCACAGAUAAUCCCAACGAACUCAGCCGACGCUUCUUGACCGCCGUCAACGAUCACUGUCCAGAAGUUGCGCAGCAUGUCUACGCAAAGGUCACGGCUCUGCAUGCACGAUGGAAAGAAACGCUGGCCUAUCCGGAUGAAUGGGUCGCUUUCCGAUCAUUCUUGAAAAUCUUCAGCAGUUUUAAUCCCCAUCAUACCUCAACCUGGUGGGAAGAAGCGGACCUAAGAGAACUUGACGUUUUUGUGCUGAGUCGAUUUGCCCUGCAUUUUCUGGAUGGAUGCCACACCGAUGAAGCGAAUGAUAGUUAAAUUAAUAGGACCCGUCUGCGA